GCCGCCGAACGGUGCGAUUCUGUUUGCCAAAGCAAAGAGAUGCUGCGCGAUUCUGUGAUUGUUUAGGACUAUAUAAGUUGUGAGAUGUUGUGGUCAAAUUAGGAGAAUAACUGACCCUUUGUGAUCCCGUGUAAAGGUCGGCAUGAUCAUCCACUAUGUGCUGUAUACGUUUCUCGAUCAGUGUUUGGUGUGCAAGGUGGCCAUUUGUCUCGAAAGCUUCUGCAAUACUUUUUAUCGCAAUGGUGUUGACUCAAGAGCAAGAAGCUGAGAUGAAAGAGGCCUUCCAAUUGUUUGCUGGUUUUGAAGGCAAGGAGAAGAUUGAAGCGACUAAACUGGGCGUCCUCUUUCAGUCCCUGGGGAUGACUUUCUCCGAUGAGGAGCUUGCAGCCAAGACAGAAGAGAUAGCUCGAGACAACGUGAUCUGCCUCAAGGAUUUUCUGGCUUUCAUGGAUCGGAAGAUACAAGAAGAUGAAGAGAAUGAUGAGGAAGAGCUUCGACAGGCCUUCAGAGUCAUGGACAAGGAUGGUACAGGCUUUAUUGACAUGAAUGAGAUUCGUCACAUCAUGCUGGAUCUGGGCAGCAAGUUGGAGGGGGGCAAACAUUGCUAUCCUGAUGAAGAGUAUGCGCAUCGUGCGCAUCGGGCGGAAAAGGGUGACGAAGUAAAAGGUCCUCAGCUGAUCAAUUUUGAAGAGUUCAAAAAGAUGAUGUCGUUUCAGUGAGGGGAGGUUUUGACCUCACCUUGAAAUACCUGUCUCUCCAGUGGACUCCCGUGUCUUCAAAUAUUAGUGUCUCCUUCCAGGAUCUAGGCCGCCUUGGCCUCACCUAGGGGUGAGCUGUAGCCCUUGGACUCCAGGGCAGGCGACCUCAGCAGCACCUCACCGUGGGACUGGGCACAUGUACAAAGGUUAUCAACCUGCAACUUAACCCUGCAUUCGAUCUCCACAUCGCAUCUUCCCAAAGGGAAUCCUUGUGCUGGACAUGAUCGGUCAGCAGGUUGCAGAGAGCCCAA